GAUAAUAAAUUAUAUAAUAUACAGUAAGAGCCCUAGAUGGUGGUACGCAUCCUAGUAGGUAAGUGCUGAUAAAGUGCCUGUAAUUUUUUUAAUAAAGAAAAUUUGACCAAUAUUCCCACUCUCGUCCAAUUAGUUGAGUUAACUGUAUUAGGAGUGGGUACGAUAUUAGUCCAACGGGGUGGGGAUCGAACUACCACCCCUCAGUGAUUAUUCCGAACGCUUUACCGGUGAGCUAUUGAGGCUCUUACAACAAUAUGCCUUUCAGACCGGAAUACAAAAAUGCUUGAUUUGAUUUGAGAAGGGUUAGACUAAUAUUCUACCACGCUGGCUCAAUGUAAGACAUUACACAUGAAGAGAAUUAAGAAUGAAUUAAUUAAAAAAAUCUCAGAUAUGCAGGUUUCCUCACGAUUUUUUUUCCUUUACCGUAUACAGACAUGUGAUAUUUAUUUUUUUACAAUUUAAACUAUCUUAAAUGUUAUUCAUAUUAAUUGAUUAUGAGACACGGCUUAAAGUCACGUGAUACAACGUCGGAGUAUGCCCGACAAUUUUCGAAACCAUACGGGGCCCUUAGUCAUCCAAACUGACCCACGUUUGGAUCGUUGUUUCAUAAUCAAUCGAUAUUUCGUUUCGAACCUAUGCCCUCCAAAUCAAAGCCAAAGGUCAUGAAUCCACUGGGCUAUCAAGGCGUCAUACUAUGUUCAGCUAAUAAGGGAAGUAUUAUUUUGAAUGCGGUGUAAAGUAAAACAGUAAUAGAAUUUUAGGCUGUUAAGUUGCACAAUAGUUUGUUAACUUUGAAGUGAAUAAGACUUACAUGUACCAUUUCUAAUUUCAUACAAUGCGAUAUUGAUUGAUGUAAAUAAUUAGUUUUGAUACCAUUACAAUACUCGUAGAGGUGAGUAGUAGAGGUUACAUUUCUUAGAAUAAACGAAAUUAUAACAACAAAAGUAUUUCAAAUAAUGUGUGUAAGUUCAAAGUAUAAAAGCUUAUGCUGACCAGAGACAUGCAUCAGUCAGUUAUUUAACAAACAACAACACAGACCAAGAUGUUCAAACUAGUGGUGCUGACUACAGUGCUUGCCGCGGCAGUCGCUAACCCCAUCACAUUCUGGGGCGCUGGAUUGGCCUCACCAUUAGCCUCGAGGAUCGCCGCACCCUGGGCGUCACCAAUCUUCUCGCCUCUGGCUGCACAGGCCGGGCCUUUGGCUCCCAUCGGCGCACCCAACUACAGAGGCCCGCUGUCCCUCGCUCCCGGCCAGCCCGCCAACAUCCUGGCUGCUGACGGCAGGCCUCUGGAUACCCUUGACGUAAACCUGGACCGCGCUGUCCACUACAGCGCGAGAGCUGUAGAACAAAAUGGCCGCCGUCUGCAAAAGAGGUCGAUUGUUGCAGCUAACUUAGCUGCCACGAACCUCGCUGCAGCUAAUUUGGCUGGAGCCAGUUUGGCUGCUGGAUCGUUGGGUGUCGCUCCUUUCGCUGCUGGACCGUUUGCUGCUGGUUCUUUAGCUACUGGACCUCUGGCUUUCGGACCUUUGGCUACAACUGGAUUGGCGGUGACCCCUCUGACCGCAGGCCGCUCGUGGGUCGGCCCAGCUCCAGUCGGUCUCUCCGGCGCUGCUUCCUUCGCACCUCUAGGACUACAAGCCGGUGCUCGUCUUGUUUUGUAAAUCACAACGAUGACUAAAUUAUAGACCAUGCAAUAACUAAUACAAAGAGAGUU